CCAAAACCCAACACCCUGCUUUGCCCAGCGGUCUCAACGGCGAUCAAGAAGCUGAUGAAAACACAAAAAUGGCCCAUUAAUCUUCCAAAGCUUUCUUGAAUCAUUUCGUCGGAUUUGGGAAACCCCAAGAACCCUAACGAGCUCAAGAACCACCUCUGAUCUCUCUCCCUCUCCACAUUUUCUACUUUUCUUUGCUGGUAAAGUGAGGAAGUAGAUAAAGAAGCUUUCUUUGAAGUGUUUUACCCUAAAAUGGAACCGGAGAAGACAGAUGAACCCCUAACCUUUGGGUUUUCGGAACCCAACACUCCCAAAAUCCUUGGUUUGGUGCCAAUGUUGGAUGAGAGUACUGGGUAUUUGAAGAGUGUUCCCAAUGUGGAAUCUUUCCCGGUUGAUGCUGCUGAUGGGUAUAUGGAGAACAGGCCGUUGGCUGAAGGUUUGAGAGAGCCGGCAAUGGAGCUCGGAUUCACUAAAUCUGGGGAGAACAAGGAAGGAGGAGCAGAGAAGGAAGCUGAUCAUUGUAUGGUUAAGGACUCUUAUUCGGUGGGCGACUUUGUUUGGGGGCAAGUAAAGUGGCGCCCGUGGUGGCCAGGCCGGAUUUAUGACCCCUCUAAUGCUUCUGAGUUUGCCCUGAAGUACAGGCAGCCUGGUAGGCUGCUUGUGGUUUACUUUGGGGACAGCUCCUUCUCUUGGUGUCUCCCGUCACAGCUGAAGCCCUUCGCGGAGAGCUUUGAGGAAAUGUCAGGGCAGAGCGGCGUGAAGAGCUUCCUCAAUGCUGUGGAGAAGUCCCUUGCUGAGAUCGGGACCUUAUUGGAGCUGGAAAUGAGCACUUGCAAGUGUAGGCCAUUGGCUGGGAAUGCUGGAAUCAAGGCGCGAGUUCUUGUGCCGAAUUGUGAUACCCGCAAGCUUUCGCUGCCUAGAUACGAAGCUCGUUUGGUUCUUGUGAUGUUGAGGAACCUUGCGCAGGCCAUUUCGCUUCCUAAGAUGGAGACUGUUGUCUUGACCAAGUGGCUAUCUGCUUUCUACCGCGCAAAGGGGGGGUACCCAUUGUGCUGUUUUCGCGAACCGAAACCCAUUGAAGGGCUUGAAGACAUGUCCACAUUUCUUGCUUCUGACACGAUUGAUCUCAACGCCGCAAUAGUGCAGGUUCCUAUAAUAAAGUGCCCGGUGAUUGCUGAUAAUAAGGUGUAUUGCCGAAGGAAAGAAAAGAGGAAUCCUAUGGCCAUUGCAGAUGAUAAAAGCUUGAAGAAAAUGAAGGCUAUGGCCAUUGGGUGCAGAGAAGAUGGUUCUCUUGACAAUUUGAAAGUUCCCAAUAAAGAAGAACAUGAGAGGAGUCCUCUUCCAAGGAAGAGGAAGAAGAGCAAGCAUCUAUCAUUUCCCUAUACAAGCUCUGAAAUUGGUAGUACACUAGUGCUCCGUCCCUGUUCGGAUGCUCCAUUGAUGGCUCCAAAUCCAGAACCCGUGCUUCCCUCGGACUCUGGGUACGAGGACAUUCUCUUGUUCGGUUCAAUCAAGCGAAACAUCACCGUUCUCAAAUGUAUGCUGAAGAAACGCCGCGGGAUCAUUUCACAGGAGGAGAAAGUUUACUUGGAGACUGAGCUCAAGCUACUGCUGGAGAUGGUAAGAACAAUGGUUGCUGCCCCAUGAUUAAUAAUGAAUGGCUUGAUAAUUA